GCACGCCCAAUUUCGCAAUACCGCCUCUGUCGUGCCGUGUCGUUUUGUUUUGUUGUUAGUAUAAUCGCAUCUACUAAUUCUUCUUCUUCAAAGAACCCAGCCCUUCCCUUUGUGUGAAUUCCAUUCGGUUCGAUCUCUGGCAGAACCAUCUAAUGCCAGAGAUCGAACAUCAUCAUCAUCAUCGCCACCAUGACGACGCCCUCUUUGGCAAGUACGAGGUCGGCAGGCUCCUGGGUUGCGGCGCCUUCGCCAAGGUCUACCACGCCCGCAACCUCGUCACCGGCCAGAGCGUGGCGCUCAAGGUCAUCCACAAGAAGAAGCUCUCCUCCUCCAACUCCGCCACCCUAAUGUCCAACAUCAAGCGCGAGAUCUCCAUCCUCCGCCGCCUCCGCCACCCCUACAUCGUCUCCCUCUUCGAGGUCCUCGCCACCCGUUCCAAGAUCUACGUCGUCAUGGAGUUCGCCAAGGGCGGCGAGCUCUUCUCCAUGGUCUCCAAGGCCCGCCUCUCCGAGGACCUCGCCCGCCGCUACUUCCAGCAGCUCAUCUCCGCCCUCGGCUACUGCCACGCCCGCGGCGUCUUCCACCGCGACCUCAAGCCCGAGAACCUCCUCCUCGACGACAACGGCGGCCUCAAGGUCACCGACUUCGGCCUCAGCGCCGUCACCGACCAGAUCCGGUCCGACGGCCUCCUCCACACGCUCUGCGGCACCCCUGCCUACGUGGCCCCGGAGAUCCUGGCCAAGAAGGGCUACGACGGAGCCAAGGUGGACGUGUGGUCGUGCGGGGUCAUCCUGUUCGUGAUGACCGCCGGGUACCUGCCGUUUAACGACCCGAACCUGAUGGCCAUGUACAAGAAGAUCUACAGGGGCGAGUUCCGAUGCCCCAAGUGGAUGUCGGCCGACCUGAAGCGCUUCCUCCGCCGCCUCCUGAACACCAACCCGGACACCAGGAUCACCAUCCACGAGAUCCUCAAGGACCCCUGGUUCAGGAAAGGCUACAAGGAGGUGGACCUGUUCGCGGAGGCCAGCGGGAGCAAACCGGAGAUGGUAGGGGAAGGGGAUAGCAAGAGCGAGCUGAACGCGUUCGACAUAAUAUCCUUCUCGCCCGGGUUGAACUUGUCGGGAUUGUUCGACGACAAGUACGACGCGGCGGAGGACGGGGAGAGGUUCGUGUCGGAAGAGACGCCGGAGGAGCUAAUGGAGAGGGUGGAGGGAUUCGCAAAGGAAGAGAAGCUGAGAGUGAGGAGGAAGAAGGAAUGGGGGUUGGAAGCGGAAGGGAGAGAGGGGAAUCUGGUGAUGGAGGUGGAGGUGAACAGGCUGACGGAGAAGCUGGUGGUGAUGGAGGUGAGACGAGGAGGGGGAGAUGCUGGGGUUUACAGGAGCACGUGGAAGACCAAGCUCAGGCCUCGCCUCCUUCGUAACUGAAAUCCAUGUGAACCGCAGCAUUCGGUCGACAUAAGACUCAGAUUUCCCGGGGUCGGGGAAAUUAAUGUCUCGACUCUCGAGUUAGC